UUACAUAUUAGAAAGAAGGAGAUGGAUAAGGUGAUGAAUUUGGCAUCUCAAAGGGCAGUGGUGGUGUUCAGUGUGAGUUCAUGUUGCAUGUGCCACACCAUUAAAAGACUCUUAUGUGAUCUUGGUGUUAACCCUGCCAUACAUGAGCUUGAUGAAGACCCUAAAGAAGGGACAGAGAUGGAGAAGGCAUUGAUCAAACUCUUAGGUCGAUCUCCGCCGGUUCCCGUUGUCUUUAUCGGCGGCCAACUUAUCGGUCUUACUGAUAAAGUCAUGUCGCUGCAUCUUAGCGGAAAUCUCAUUCCGCUUCUUAAAAAUGCAGGAGCGAUCUGGCUUUGAUACCAUGUUAAAAUAUUUACAUGGUAUUUGAUAUGUAAGUAU